AUGUUGAAAAGGAAAGAAUUCAAAGAAAUUGUGUUCUUUGGAUUAUAGAAUAUUCUGAAGAAAUAUCUAUUAGGUUCAGUCAUAACAGAAGAAAAGAUUCAACAAACCAAACAAAUCUAUGAGCUUCAUUCCAAGCAAUCUGUCUUUCAUGAGGAAGGAUGGUGAUACAUUAAAAAUAAACACAAUGGACAGUUACCUGACCGUAUUAAAGCCAUUCCUGAAGGAAGCAUCAUUCUUUGUGGAAAGUUUCUUUUUACAGUGGAGAAUACAGCUGAAAUGUUUUGGUUGACAAAGUACAUUGAACUAUUCUUAUUCACGGUCUGGUUUCCUAUCACUGUUGCUACCAUAUCCAGAGAAUUUAAGAGUCUAGCUCUGUAUUUACAUAAAACAUCAGGAAGUCUGGAUAGUCUGGAGUCCAAAUUAUAUGACUUUGGUAAAAAGGACGCUCUUCUUAGGAUGAGAAAAUGGCCACUAACAGGGAAGAAAGUGCCAGACAUGGUGCUGGAAUGUUCAACAUUUGGCUCCUCAUCCCCUUUGAGGACAGGACGUUGGCUCUUGCAGGAGACCACCAGGAUCACUCCUGCGGAGAUGCUGAAACAUCCAUGUCCUGACAACCAAUCUACAGCACUCAGAGGUGCAGCCCACUUGGCAAGUUUGCAAAACACAGACACAGUUGCAGGACUUUUGAUGGCUCAGCAGUUUUACAAAUGCAAAAUGGCUGGAUUUCCAAUCCCAGCUGCAAAACUCAGAGUUUAUUCAACAACAAAAAAAGCAAUGCAUAUCUUCUCAUACAUGCAGGUCCUGAGAAUACUGGCAGAAGUUUUUGGAAGUACCUUGAACUGUCAGGGCUACAGGCUACUACCAUCUUUCAUCCAAGUCUUUCAAGGAGCUGCUAUAAAUCUACUCUCAAUAGAAAAUAUCCUAACAGCUCUUAAAAAUGAAUACUGGAGUACAGAAAACAUUGUUUUUGGUUGUUGUAUGGCUCUUCUACAGAAGCUGAACAGAGAUCCACUAACUUGUUCUUUCAAGUGUAGUUAUGUUGAACAGAAUGGAAAAGGGCUGGAUGUCUAUAAACAGCCAGUGACUGAUCGGAUCAAACAUUCAAAGAGGGGGCAGCUAACUCUGAGGAGAAAUCCGGAUCAAACAAUUGAAACAAUACAAGAAGGGAAAGGGAAUCCAGAGGAGGAUCUCAUGGUUGCUGUUUUUGAGAAUGGAAAUAUUCUCCAAGAAUACAUACUUGAAGAGGUGCAAUCAAAUGCAAAGCUGCAAGUUAAUGAGUUGUCGUACCCCCAACCCAAAUGUACAGUUGCUACAUGGAAGUUGAUUAAAAUGCAAUUCAUAACAUUAGAGCAAAAUACAAAACUGUACAGUCAUUUGGAAACAUUGGUUAAAGUACUAUCAGCUGCUGAAAAAACAAUGGCUAAAACAAGCAGUCUACAGUUUAAUAUUCAAAAGAAGAAACCAAGUUCGAAAAUUUCAUCAGUAAAAAUAUUCUGGAAGAACUUAAAACAUGGAACAUGUUUUCAAUGA